AAAGCUUCCUUCCUCCCAGCUACUUUAACGCUGACUGUGGACAAGGGAGACAACGUGAACAUAUCUUUCAAGAAGGUGUUGAUGAAAGAAGAAGAUGCGGUGAUUUACAAAAAUGGUUCCUUCAUCCAUUCAGUGCCUCGGCACGAGGUCCCUGACAUUUUAGAAGUGCACCUGCCAUAUGCUCAGCCCCAAGAUGCUGGAGUAUACUCGGCCAGGUACAUCGGAGGAAACCUCUUCACCUCAGCCUUCACCAGGCUGAUCGUCCGCAGAUGUGAAGCUCAGAAGUGGGGACCUCAAUGCAACCGUCCUUGCACAGCAUGCAGGAACAAUGGUGUCUGCCACGAAGACACGGGCGAGUGCAUUUGUCCUCCUGGAUUUAUGGGGAGAACAUGUGAGAAGGCUUGUGAGCGGCACGCAUUUGGCAGAAGCUGCAGAGAACGCUGCAAUGGCCCAGAGGGAUGCAAGUCCUACGUGUUCUGUCUCCCAGACCCUUAUGGGUGUUCCUGUGCUGCAGGCUGGAAGGGUCUACAGUGCAAUGAAGCCUGCCAGCCUGGUUAUUACGGACCAGACUGCAAGCUGAGGUGCGGGUGCACCAACGGGGCGCUGUGUGAUCGGUUCCAGGGCUGCCUCUGCUCCGCUGGGCGGCAAGGACUCCGGUGUGAGAGAGAAGGCAUGCCACGGAGGACCCCACGGAUCGAGGAUUUGCCAGAGCACAUAGAAGUCAACAGCGGGAAAUUUAACCCCAUCUGCAAAGCCUCAGGCUGGCCACUCCCUGCUGAGGAGGAAAUGACCCUGGUGAAGCCGGAUGGAACAGUGCUCCAGCCAAAAGACUUUAACCAAACGGACCAUCUCUCAGUGGCCACGUUCACAGUUCACCGAAUCGUGCCCCCAGACUCAGGAGUCUGGGUCUGCAGCGUGAACACAGUGGCUGGGAUGGUGGAAAAGCCUUUCAACAUUUCUGUCAAAGUUCUUCCAAAGCCUCUGAAUGCCCCACACGUGAUUGACACUGGACAUAAUUUUGUUGUCAUCAACAUCAGCUCUGAGCCAUAUUUUGGGGAUGGACCAAUCAAAUCCAAGAAGCUCCUAUACAAACCUGUUAAUCAUUACGAGGCUUGGCAAGAUAUUCCAGUGACAAACGAGAUCGUCACCCUGACCGCUCUGGAGCCGCGGACGGAAUACGAGCUCUGCGUGCAGCUGAUCCGGCGCGGAGAGGGCGGCGAUGGGCAUCCUGGCCCCGUGAGGCGGUUCACCACCGCUUCCAUCGGUCUCCCUCCUCCCAAAGGGCUCAGUCUCCUUCCGAAAAGUCAGACCACUCUAAAUUUGACCUGGCAACCAAUAUUUCCAGGCUUGGAAGAUGACUUUUAUGUUGAAGUGGAGAGAAGGUCUGUGCAGGUAAAGAACGAUCAGCAAAACAUUAAAGUCCCCGGAAACUUCACUUCCGUGCUCCUGAACCACCUGCACCCCAGGGAGCAGUACGUGGUCCGCGCCCGAGUCAACACCAAGGCCCAGGGGGAGUGGAGUGAAGACCUCACCGCCUGGACCCUGAGUGACAUUCUACCUCCUCAACCAGAAAACAUCAAGAUUUCCAACAUCACCGAUUCUUCGGCUGUCGUCUCUUGGACGAUCUUGGAUGGCCAUUCUAUUUCUUCAGUCAUCAUUCGUUACAAGGUUCAGGGCAAGAAUGAAGACCAGCACAUUGAUGUGAAGAUCAAGAAUGCCACCAUCACCCAGUACCAACUCAAGGGCCUAGAACCGGAAACAGCUUACCAGGUGGACAUUUUUGCUGAGAACAACAUAGGGUCGAGCCAUCCAACCUUUUCUCAUGAACUGAUGACCCUCUCAGAAUCUCAAGCUGGAGCCAACCUGGGAGGUGGAAAGAUGCUGCUUAUAGCCAUCCUCGGCUCAGCUGGGAUGACCUGCCUGACGGUGCUGUUGGCUUUUCUGAUCAUGUUGCAACUGAAGAGGGCAAAUAUCCAAAGGCGAAUGGCCCAAGCCUUUCAGAACGUGAGAGAAGAGCCAGCUGUGCAGUUCAACUCGGGAACUCUGGCCCUGAACAGGAAGGCCAAAAACAACCCGGAUCCUACAAUUUACCCAGUCCUUGAAUGGAAUGACAUUAAAUUUCAAGAUGUGAUCGGGGAGGGCAAUUUCGGCCAGGUUCUUAAGGCACGCAUCAAGAAGGAUGGGCUAAGGAUGGACGCUGCCAUCAAGCGGAUGAAAGAAUAUGCCUCCAAAGAUGACCACAGGGACUUUGCGGGAGAACUUGAAGUUCUUUGUAAACUCGGACAUCAUCCAAACAUCAUCAAUCUCUUGGGGGCAUGUGAACAUCGAGGGUACCUGUACCUGGCCAUCGAGUAUGCGCCCCACGGAAACCUGCUGGAUUUCCUGCGGAAGAGCCGAGUGCUAGAGACGGAUCCUGCAUUCGCCAUCGCCAACAGCACCGCUUCCACGCUGUCCUCGCAGCAGCUGCUUCAUUUUGCGGCGGAUGUGGCCAGGGGCAUGGACUACCUGAGCCAAAAACAGUUUAUCCACAGGGAUCUGGCUGCCAGAAACAUUUUAGUUGGUGAAAAUUAUGUAGCGAAAAUAGCAGAUUUUGGAUUGUCCCGAGGCCAAGAAGUAUAUGUGAAAAAGACGAUGGGAAGGCUCCCAGUGCGUUGGAUGGCGAUUGAGUCAUUGAAUUACAGUGUGUACACAACCAACAGUGAUGUAUGGUCCUACGGUGUGUUACUGUGGGAGAUUGUUAGCUUAGGUGGCACCCCCUACUGCGGGAUGACGUGUGCAGAGCUCUAUGAGAAGCUGCCACAGGGUUACAGACUGGAGAAGCCGCUAAACUGUGAUGACGAAGUGUAUGAUCUCAUGAGGCAGUGCUGGCGGGAGAAGCCCUAUGAGAGGCCGUCCUUUGCCCAGAUACUGGUGUCCUUAAACAGGAUGCUGGAAGAACGAAAGACCUAUGUGAACACCACACUUUAUGAGAAGUUCACCUACGCAGGUAUCGACUGCUCUGCUGAGGAAGCUGCCUAGGGCAGGCUCUCCACCUUCAAACCAUCUGUGUCCCGGGCCAACAAGGGAGAGCCUGGAUGGAUACACGCUGAGAAAACAAGCAAGCCACUGCCCAGGAGAUGUGAUAUAGAAGUGUAUAUAUAUCGCUGUACGUCUCGGACCCUCCACACAAAACCCCCGGUGUGGAUGUGUGUUACACUCUGACUCCAAUAGAAUUGUAUAUACUGUUCGGAGCAAGAAUGUGCAGCAGUCAGAACGUCUGUGGUUUCAUAUGCAAUAAUAUAUUUUUCUAAAAUUGUGGACUCAAAAGGAAAGCAUAAGAGUACUUUUUUUUUACUGUAAUGCAUAACUCUUUCUUGUCCUAGAUAUUUUUGAUAUUCACCUAUAGAUUGAAUGCUAGAACAUGUUUUGUGAUGUAGAAAUAAAAUAUUGUGAAUAAACCUAA